CUGUAAGUGCUUCAACAUCCGGGCAAGUUGUACUUCAAACAUCGAUCGACUGAAAAUCAACACAAACAACGAUAAAAUUCACAGAAAAUUUAAAAAUUGUUUUGGAUAUAAACCAUGUAAAUACGAGAGUCAGCACGGUGAUAUAAUUUGGAGUAAUUUUCUUUGGUGGUGUUGUUAAAAAGUAAAGAAAUAAUAAAAAGAAAUUGGGUAUAAAAAGUCUUUUCCUGGUUUUGUGAUCAGAUUUCGUGCGAUAGACGCUUGAAAACAUGGGGUGUGCGGUGAGCUCGGACGACAAAGCGGCACAAGAAAGAUCUAAACAAAUUGAAAAACAGCUCAGAGCCGAUGGAGAAAAGGCGGCAAGAGAAGUUAAACUGCUUCUGCUAGGUGCUGGUGAGUCAGGCAAGAGUACAAUUGUUAAACAAAUGAAAAUUAUCCAUGAGAAAGGUUAUUCACAAGAAGAAUGUUUGCAGUAUAAACCUGUUGUAUACAGUAACACCAUACAGUCAAUGAUAGCUAUCAUUCGGGCCAUGGGUCAAUUGAAGAUCGACUUUGGACAUCCAGAUAGAGCGGAUGAUGCAAGACAGUUUUUUGCCUUGGCAGGAAAUGCUGAUGAAGGUGACUUGUCAGGGGAGUUGGCAGCUAUUAUGAAGAGAUUAUGGAAUGAUUCGGGUGUUGCCCAGUGUGUGGGACGAUCCAGAGAAUACCAGUUGAACGAUUCAGCAGAAUAUUACCUGAGUGCGUUGGAUAGAAUAUCAUUACCAAAUUACAUCCCCACAGAACAAGAUGUGUUGAGAACUAGAGUGAAGACCACUGGUAUAGUGGAAACACACUUCACGUUUAAAGAUUUACAUUUCAAAAUGUUUGAUGUUGGCGGUCAAAGGUCAGAGAGAAAGAAGUGGAUUCACUGUUUUGAAGGUGUUACAGCCAUUAUAUUUAUUGUAGCAAUGAGUGAAUAUGAUCUGACAUUGGCAGAAGACCAAGAAAUGAAUCGUAUGAUGGAGAGUAUGAAGUUGUUUGACUCCAUCUGUAACAACAAAUGGUUUACAGAGACAUCCAUUAUCCUGUUCUUGAACAAGAAGGAUUUAUUUGAAGAGAAGAUCAAAAAGUCUGCACUCAAUGUCUGUUUCCCAGAAUACACAGGAAUGAACACGUACGAGGAGGCAGCUGCCUAUAUACAGCUACAGUUUGAGAAUCUGAACAAAAAGAAGGACUCGAAGGAAGUAUACACACAUUUCACGUGUGCUACAGAUACAAAUAACGUGCAGUUUGUGUUUGAUGCAGUCACCGAUGUCAUUAUUAAAAACAAUCUUAAAGACUGUGGGCUGUUCUAGACUUAAUACAGUUUAUAUAUCUCCAGAAUGGGACUGUGCAUUAGUUGUAUAUACUUGUACAGAGUUAUCUUCUCUUGACCAACACAUCAUGUGACUGGCCAGCUGUCUUGUGAGUGGUGCAUUCCUGUCACCUGACCAAAAUGGGACCAACUUGGAUGUUUCCCAGCUUUGCUUGUGAACUGUGAAUCAACAAGAUUAUUAUCGGCAUUAGUAAUAGACAUCUUUCUCAUUUACUGUAAUUCCCCUUGGAAAAUUUAUUUGUACCAAUAAGUUUUUUUUAUGGAACAGCUUACUAUAGUUUUUAAUCUGUUUUAUCUUUUGUAUAUGUACAAAUCAUGCUAAGUGACUUCAAUAUUAGUAAAAUUUUAUACAUACAGAAUAUGUGGCCUGGUUGUUUGGUUUGGUUAGGAGUUGAAUCUAUUUAUAGUCUGUGUUUCUAUAAAUAGACCUAGUAGUGUUCUGUCUAUAAAUAGAUUGAUGUAUAUUCUGGCAAUAUUUCAUCCAAUGAUAUUAAGAAAUUCUCAGUCUUUUUAUAUUUUUGAUUUAUUUGCUUCCAAAAUAAAAUUUCAUUUAGAAAUCUUGUACUAUUGAUUUGAAAGUUCAUAUAUGGUCAAGGCGAGUAUGGUCCCUUAUGAUGUUAUAGAAAAUCCUUAGACAUUUAAUUCUUUCAUGGUAAAUUAAUGGUGUUUUUUUUGUUUGUAAUUUAGUGUUAAAAUAUUUGUCUUCUGGUUUUGUGGCAAUGGAAGACAUUUUGAACUUUUAUUUAUUGCCAAUUUAUGUUUUGUUUUAAAUUAAUGUAAGACCUAGUUUGAGUAUAUUGAUUAUUAGUAUACCUCUUAUGUUAACAUUCACACAAUUAUGUUUUCAGAAAGAAUAUUGCUUUAUUAGAAAUAAUUAUCAAUUUUAAUUAUAUUUAAUAUCAAAUGAAGAGCAACAUAUUUAGUGUUAUUUGCUGGCUUUUUUCUCUCUCUAGAAUUCCAUGAUACAAAAGGAAUCAGUAUUUAUUAGGGGUUUAAAAAUAUCAGAAAAAAAAGUGCAAUGAAAUUUUCAGAACUGAUUUUUUUUUCUGAUAUUUGAUCAAAGGGACAGUUUGAUAUUGAUGAUACAUUCUUUUUCCUUCUGUCAUUCCAAGUAUGUUUGUCUGUCUGUCACUGUCAUUCUUUCUAUCUUAAUAUCUCAGCUGCAGUAGAUGUUAUGUAUUUGUGAAUGAUAUAGAUGUGUACAUAGACAAUUAUCAAAAAUAUUUACUAUCAAAAAUUUGUACUAUCAAAAUGAAAUCAGAAUUACAUACAUGUAUAUAUAAAUAAGUAAAAGAGAAAAGAUGAUUUUAAAAUGAACAAUAAUUAUUUUAUUAUAUUUUUUUGUUAUUAAUGCAUAAUAAUUUUUUGAAGGUAGCUUUGUUUGAUGUGUCUGGAAAUGUAGUCUGGUUCAAGAAAUUAUAAAAAAUAAAAUUUUAAACCAGUCUAGGAAUAAUAUGUUUUGAUUGGCUGUUGUUUAAUUCUAAUUUGAAAUCAGUCAAUCACAGUAAAACAUACACAGACUAGUCUCAAAAUUUAUUUAAAUUAUCUUAAAACCCAGUUUUUCUGUUGCAGUGCAUUUAUUUUUGUUACUUAUGUUAAAAAUAGGUUCUCUUUAGAAAUCAGGUGCCCUUCUUGAAAUUCCCCUUUGAACGAAAUGUGUAAAUCAUAAAAUAAGUUGAAAAUAGAUUUGCUUGUGAAGUGUUUUGUUUUGUUUUUAUAUCGGGUAGUUAUGAUGAGACGUCAUUUAGGUAGAAUUUUAACCACCAGUAGCAUGUUUAGUUCACACUGUAUUUUUAAACGUGUACUGUUUGAAAUUUUUAUUGGCUAGUUGUCAGUUCAUUUAAAUGAAACAUUUUUUCCACAGAGUUUCUAUAGAAACCAAUUUCUAUUUAUCUCUUGCUGUAAUGAUUAAACAUUCCUUAAUAUGGGUUCAACACUAAUAUUCCUUAAUAUGGGUUCAACUCUUACAUGUAGGGCUAGAGAAAAAUGGUUUGCUAUUUGAAUGCAUCCAUCCAGUAGUAAGCACUGUUGAUGAAUAUAAAUGAUUUUAGGUUAGGUUAUUUUCCCAGCAAGAAUCUAAAAUUUACCAAACUAAUAUAUUUAUGCAAAUUUAAUGCCUGACUAAUACAAUGAUUUUAAUAUUCUCGACUAAUAAACAAGUUUAGAUCAGCAUAUUUAGUUGUUUAAGAGGUCUUCAUUGAACUCUUGAUGAGUAUUAAACUAAAUAUGAAUUUUUAGGUAGAUAUAUCGACUAAAAAGGUGAAUUUUAUAUAAGUGCCAAUUAAACUGUGUUGACUUUAUCAUAUUAAACCUCAGAGAUGUAUAGAGUUGAGUGGAAGUUUUGAAUGCAUGUGUGUGUUAGUGUGUGAUUUUGGUAGUUUUUUAUCAUCAAUGUCAUUAAAUGUUGACUAUAAAUCAUGUUGAAAUCAUGUUUCCAAGGUAACGAAUAGACUAUUUCUUAUCGACUAUAUGAAUCAUUUCACAAGAGAAUGGAUUAAAUGUAACAUGAAUCAUGUAAUAAAAGCAUCAGUUAAAUGUGCAGUGUAUAUGAUUAUUUUAUAGAUCAUUUUUCUGUUUUCCUUUCCUCGUUUGGCCAUAUACACACAAACAAAUUAUUUUCAUUACAUUUAAUUUACCCUGCUUUACUGACAUUUACCUGAGACAACUAAACGGUUAUGAGUUUUAAAUUUUAAUCUUUAGAUACAGCAGAUGAAUGGUAAAAAAAAACUGGAUCAUGUUGUAGAUAAAGUUCUUAUUAUUCCAUCAUCGUAAUCAUCAUUCAAUUGUUGUUGUUGUUAUCAGUAUAUUGUAUUGCGAUCCCCGGUACAACUCAGUAUUUAUUCAUGAAUAAACCGUGCUAUUUUCAGGCUUGGUGUAAGAUUUACCGAACAUGUUGCCUAAAGAUCAUGUCCUUUUUGGUGUUCAUUUAAUCACAUAUUCAUUUCUGCCUAGUGAAUGUGUUUACGAUAGGUUUUAAAAGGUUUUUUUCAUUUCCUUGAAAUUUUCUCCCUUUUUUUUCUUUUUUUUUUAAAUAAAUUUUUACGGGUCCACGCAACUGAAGUUUACUUAUAAAUAUUUGUGAAGCAAUAGGUUAAAGGUACAUAAAACUGAAAAGAAUUUUUACGAAAGGUGGUUGUCAGGGGAUGAUGCAUUUUUUCUUGAAUAAGGCUUUAAAUCAAUCACAAAAGCUUUGUUGUUUUUAUUCUACAGGAUCAUUUUUGUAAUUUGUAAGAUAAUUGAAUAUUCAUUUGCCAAAAUAAAUGAUAAUAUAUUGUGUCACUUUUAUUCUUGUUUUUAGUCCAAAUGUUUUCAUAUAGCUGCUUCACUUUGUAACAAAAUAAUCCAAGAUUUAUAUACCAACUUUUGAUAACAUUUAUAUAUACAUUUUGCCUUUGUGUAUUUGGCUAAUAGUUUGUAAAGGAGUACUGAACAUUUUUAAUGUAACUGAAGAUUUAUAGCACUUGUGAUAUAGGUGUUAUAAAAGUUUCAGGCAAUCUCUGCUCACAACUGAGAUUUUAUUUCAUCGUAUCUUUUAGUGAUGAAAAUUAAUUACAGAGUGAAGAAUAUAUUUCAUAUUUCACUGGAAAAAUGAUUUAUUUAUUUCUUCAGAAUUUCUUUACAAACUGUUUGCAUAUCUAUUUAAGCCUCACACUUGUCUAAAUAAAUGUAAUUAAUUGGCCUUUAAAAAGUGUGUAAACUCCUUUGUAAAGCAUGUAACUCAAAGUAAGGUGCAUUAAAGUAAUGAAUAAAUACUCUGUAUACUACCAUUUAGUUUUGAAAUAAAUAAACAUGUCCUACAUAUAUAGAUAUUUAAAUACCGGUUUUGCUUAUGUUUGAAACAAUGCUGGUCAAACUGAGGUUUCUUGGACUUUAAAUACCAGACAUUUCUGAAAUUACCGGUUUGUGUCUGAAAUUACCAGUACAUGUCUGAAAUAUCCCAACAUGUUGGAAAUUACCAGACAUUUCUGACAUAACUGGUUUCUGUCUGAAAUUACCGAUUUGUGUUUGAAACUCCCUGAAAUGUUAAAAUUAAAAUUAUUCAUGGAUAAAAAAUCAUCAUCAAGCACUAGAUAAGGAAAGAAGCUCUAUUUGAUCUGAAGAUGUGCUUGGUAGUAACUUGAAACCCCAAAAUGAAAAGUUGGAAAUACAAUUUACCUUUGAAACUGGCAUGAUUUUUAUCAGUCCUAAUUGUGAUAUAUAUUUUAAAAGUUCUUACAAAAUAUGAAAAAUAAAGGAGAAAAAUAUCAGAAAUUAAGCAUAAUUUUAAAUCAAUACAGAUAUUUGAUUAUAUAUUCAUGUUCUCACAUGUAUGAUUUACACACUUAAGGUCAAAUUAUUGAACAAUAUAUUAAUAACUAUUAUUUUUUUGGUCUGUCUUUAUUUAUAAUCUUGUUUCUAUUUUGUGUACAUGUGGUAAGUUGAUUUUAAUGAAGUGAACUUGUAUCAGCUUAUGUGAUGUAUUUUCUAGUAAAAUUGUAAAAAGUCA